UUUUGGAAAAGAUUUAAAAGGUAGCUUUGUUUAUCGUCUUUCAAAAGCAACCUCACUUAAAUCUGUUGAAAGAAAAAUUUGAUAGCAUUUUCCUAUACAUAUCAUUAAAUAUUCACCAUGUUUAUUUCUUUCGCUUGUCCAAAAAAUAACACAUUUGUUCACCUAAUUCAACAAAUAUGGACGAUCUUCAAUAAUAGUCCUUUGGAUGUAUUGCAACAUGUUGUUAUGUUUAAAUCAGGCUAAUGGUGUUUGCCAUUUUUACCCUUUAUACUUUUUCUAUCUUUUUUGUUUAAAGUAAUAAAUUCUUAGUACACAAAAUUAUUAAACUAAUCUUUUUGUGUACUUUUGUUUAUAUACAACAAUUAAUCUUUUGUAAUAAAUAUUCAAUGAAAGUAAAUUUGACCGUUAUAAUACUAUUAAAAUUUACUUAAUCCAACUCUUCACAAAACACUAGACUGCCUUGACCUGUUGACCAUGUUAUAAAUAUAAAAAAAAAUUGAACUCUUUUCAAAAAUCAUGUCUUAGAUAACAACUUUUUAGUUAUUUCAUUUCUCCCUAACCCCACUUCCACAACGUUCCCUAAGUCAACAAUCAUAUUGUAUAAUGACUCAUACAAUAUGAUUUUUUUUUCUCAUUAGAAAUAAUAUAGUCAUCUUUAAAUUACAUUUUUCUUUCAAGAAGAAGAAGAAGAAAGAUUAAAAAAUGGAAGGGGAAAUUCACAAUUUCAUUGUUGUAUGGACUAUUGUCUUAGCAAGUCUAUGCUAUUCCCACACCAUAGCAAAAUUCAUCCCCAAAGGCAAAGCAAGAUUUGUGGCUAUAUUUCCAAUUGUUUGUCUAUUUCUCACUCUUCCUCUUUAUCUCACAUCCAUUAAUCUUGGUUGUACUACUUCAUUCUUCAUUGCAUGGCUAGCCACUUUCAAGAUUCUUCUUUUUGUCUUUGGUAAAGGCCCUUUAUCAUCAACCCCAUCUCUACCACUAUCAACAUUCAUUCCAUUGGCUUGUUUGCCUAUAAAGUUUCAAAAAUAUUCAACUAGUGAUGAUGUUGAAACCACAAAAAAGGCUACAAAUUCAACUUUCAAUCUUGUUAUUAAGAUUGCACUUUUAGCCACUUUGAUUAGGGUGUAUAAUUAUAAAGAUAAUUUGCAUCCAAAAAUCAUUUUAUUUUGUUAUUGCCUCCACAUUUACUUCAUGUUAGAGAUCAUAUUGAUCAUGGUUAGCGCCACAGUCCGAAGGGUGAGUCGAGUCGAGCUCGAGCCACCCUUCAAUGAGCCUUACCUAGCUAGCUCGCUUCAGGAUUUCUGGGGAAAGAGAUGGAACCUUAUGGUAACCAAUAUACUCCGUCCAACCAUAUAUGACCCUAUACAUUCAAUGGUGGCUAACCGGAUUUCGAGGAAGUGGGCCCCACUUCCGGCUGUGAUCGCAACGUUUUUCGUCUCGGGGCUAAUGCAUGAGCUGAUUUUCUACUACAAUGGAAGAUUAAAACCUAAUGGUGAAGUCAUGAUGUUCUUUCUAAUUCAUGGAGUCGCUUUGAGUGUUGAAAUUGUUAUCAAGAAAAUUUUAAAUGGAAAAUUUUUGGUUCCUAGAAUUAUUUCAGGUCCAUUAGCACUUAGUUUUAUAAUUUUCACAAGUUUUUGGUUGUUUUUUCCACCUUUUUUGAGGGGUAAUACAGAGCUUAAAGCAUGUACUGAAUUUAUUGCUUUCUUAGAAUUUAUUAGGUAUGGCAAAUUAAUUAGUCCUACCAAUAUAACUUGUCCACUUCUAUAAUAACAAAAAAAAAGUACUUAUUUCAUGGUGGGCUAAGGAUUGCAGGAGUUAUGAUUGAAUUAAUUAAUUAAUUUGAAUGGCAUGUGAGAUUUCCUACUUUUUUGGUACUUUUGAAAAGACAAAUGAGUAAACCCUUGUAGAUACUAAAUUUCAAUUUUCUUUUAAUUGGUCGAUACAUUGUAAAUCUGAAUUAAUCGAACUUGUGAGUUCUGAAUAUCAAAUAAUUAUAUACAACAAAAAAGUUUUUUCCUAAAAAGAGAAAAAUUUGAAAUUAAAAAUUCUAUAAUUUGAGGUUGUUCUAUUUCAAUGUGAACAAUUUAUAACUAGUCUUACAUGAAUGGACAAGUGAUAUUGUCAGGACUAACUAGUUUACCAUACCUAACAAAUUCUAAAAAAGCAAUAGAUUCAUUACAUCCUUUGACAUCUGGCUUACCCCUCAAUAAUGGUGGAAAAAACAACCAAAAACUUGUCAAAAUUAUAAACCCUAAUGUUAAUGGACCAGAAAUAAACCUAGGGACCAAUAAUUUGCCAUUUAACAAUUUCUUGACCAUAAUUUCAACACUCAAAGCUACACCGUGAAUGAUAAAAAAACAUGUGACUUCCCAACUAGGUUUCUCUCUUGAAAUGUAGUAAAAAAUCAGCUCAUGCAUUAUCCCCGAGACGAAAAACGUCGCGAGCACCGCGGGAAGUGGGGCCCACUUCCUCGGGAUUCGAUCCAACAUCAACGACCGAACAAGGUUGUAAACGGUUGGACGAAGUAUAUUGGUUACCAUGAGGUUCCAUCUUUUGCCCCAAAAAUCCUGAAGUGAGCUAGUCUUGUAAGGUUCAUCAAAAGGUGGUUCGAGUUCGACUUGGCUCGCAACUCGAACCAUAGUACUAACCAUGGUUAAUAAGAUUUCUAGGAAAAAGUAAAUGUGGAGGCAAUAACAAAAGAGAAGGAGUUUUGGAUGUAAAUUGUCUUUAUAAUUAUACACCCUUAUCAAAAUGGCUAGAAGUGUAAUCUUGGUAACAAGAUUGAGGGUUGAAUUUGUGGUCUUUUUUGUUGUUUCAACAUUAUCACUAGGUGAAUGUUUUUGAUACUUUAUAGGCAAACAAGCUAAGGGAAUGAAUGUUGAAAGUGGUAGAGGUGGGAUUGAUGACAAAGGCCCU